AUGUCUCGCAAUCUCAAGCAAAAGUUUACCACCCCGGUCAAAAAGACCAAGACCGCCCAGCGCCGUCGCAGGGUCUCCGACACUCCUUCUGCUUCUUCCCUAGACCUCUCCGACGAUGGCGGCUACUCUGCCGUUGAAGAUAUUAGCGACUCUUCAGACGACGAUGAGGACGAUGUUGCUGCGGCCGAGGAGGAGAACAUCCUAGAAGAAACUCAUGUUCCCCCCACCCCACCACAAGCUCCUCGGCCGCAACCGACUAUUGAGGAGGAUGACGAAGAAGAAGAGGAGGAGGAAGUGGAGCAAGAUGACGAUGAGCAAGAGGGCUUGGAUAUUGAUGACGACGACGCUGCUAGCUGGGGAGGCAUCGUUACGGACGAUGAGGACCAGCCUGACGUCUACCAAGACGCCAAUAUCUUUGGUGAGGAGCCUUUGGAGCGCCACGUUCACUUUGACGUGCCUUCCAGCGACUCUGACUCUACCGACACCGAGGAUGAGAUUCAGGGUUUCUUCCCUGAUAUCUUUGUUUCUCAAAACAACCUGGAUCCCGCUUUCCGCCGUGAGAUUGAGAACGAUCCUAAUGAGUCUUCCGACUCGGGAUCUUUCUGGGACUUCAACAACCAAUACGGCGAGCAAGAUGAUGACUCGGAUGCCGAGGAAAUCUUCCGACAAAUUGACGAUGACACCCCUAUUGCCACUCCAAUGGCCUCCCAGCCAGCCACUGCUGCUUCUACCCCUCAGCCAAUUCCCUUUGGCUUUGAGGAAUCCACCGAGCUGGAUGGCUACGAGACUGAUGGUGAUACCACCGAGGAAGAUGAACCCGAACCCAUUGUCCGAAGGAAGACUCGACGCCCUUCAAAGCCUAUGAGCGACAUUUCGGACUCUGACGCCGACAGCCCGGUCAAGGCCGAGCGUGGCCAGCCCCGUUUGGGACGAUACAACCUUGACCGUUCCGACAAGAAGCCAAUUGCUGUCCUCAACCCCGUCACUGGAAAGAUGAUGAUCUUUACGCCUCACCGGCGCCACCAACUCGACCUCUCCCCCGAACAAUUUAACUUUCCCUGGGGUACUGAGGGGCCCGAGUCACCCAUCAUGAGCAACUCUGCAAACCUAAUGCUCAGCGCCAUGUUCUCCUCCAACACCUUCGGUGACUUCUUCAAUACGGCUCAGGUUAUGGGACCCGCUGAGGCUUUCUUCCCCUUCCCCUCUGAACCCAACACCGCCGACGAGAGCUCAACCGCGCCUAGCUUGCAGGAUGAGGAAGAGGAAGACGCUGAACUGAAUCUAGACCUCAACGACUUUAUCGCCUGGGAGGAAAAUGACUCUUCUGGCGAUGAAGAGGGCGACAACUGGGAUCCUGCAUCAACACCUGCGCGACCCAGCACAGCUACUAGCGAGAAGCAGGCUCAUGGCCAUAUCAAUUCUGAGACUGUUGGAGCUUUCCGCCGUAACCAAAUUAACCAGCAGCUCAUCCUGAGCAACCAGGCAACCCAGGAUUCCCUCGCAUUCAGUGGUCCCUACAACUACACCGCACUCAAGGGUCUCAAAUCGGACCGCUUCGACACAGCUGCCAUCCCCCUAACACCCGCCCGUCGCCACAAGAGGCAGAUGAGCGACGCCACACGCAGCCCCCUUGAGUCAAUGUCUCAAAAACGAAAGGCCACCACCGAAGCUGGCAACGGCCACAAGAGGCACAGAAGCAUCUCGGAUGUGAACUAUCUCCACAUCUAG